UGUCGGUUCUUAUAGCGCCGCGGGCGGCGGCUGCGCGGGGACGGUGGGACGGUGGGACAUGGCGGCCGUGCGGUUCGUGGUGCUGGGGCUCGUGCUGCUGAGCGCUCAGGGCGGCUUCGGGGCAGGUCCCGUGUCUCGCUCUGGCUCUGCACUUGUUCCUGGAGUCGCCCGAACACUUAAAUCCUUGUGGAGAGGGAGCGGGAUCUGGACUUCCGUAGACGACGAUGGCUCCAGAACCCGCCUCACCUGCGCCUUGAAUCACAGCGCCACCGAGAUCGUGGGCCACCGCUGGGUGAAGGGGGGCAAGGUGCUGAAGGAGGAUGCGCUGCCCGGCCUGAGGACGGAGUACGACGUGGACUCGGAAGACCGCUCGGGCCAGUACUCCUGCAUCUUCCUUCCAGAGCAUGCGGGCCGCACCGACCUGGAAGUGAAGGGGCCCCCCAGCGUCAAGGCGGUGAAGAAGUCGGAGCAUGCCACCGAGGGGGAGACUGUGGUGCUGGCCUGCAGGUCGGACUCCUUCCCGCCCGUCGCCGACUGGCUGUGGUCCAAGGUGACCGACUCCGGGGACCAGGCCAUCGCCAACAGCUCCCAGAGCAAGUUCUUCGUGGUCUCCUCGGGGACCAGGACGGAGCUGCACAUCCCAGGCCUGGACCUGAGCUCAGACCCCGGCAAGUACGUCUGCAACGGCACCAGCUCAGAGGGCUCUGGCCAGGAGGAGGUCACGCUGCGCGUGCGCACCCGCUUCGCCGCCCUCUGGCCCUUCCUGGGCAUCGUGGCCGAGGUGCUUGUGCUGGUCACCGUCAUCUUCGUCUACGAGAAGCGGCGGAAGCCCGACGAGGUCCUAGAUGAUGAGGACGCCGGCUCUGCUCCACUGAAGAGCAGCGGGCACCACGUGAACGACAAAGACAAGAACGUUCGCCAGAGGAACUCCAGCUGAGAGGACCAGGACGAGUCUGCAGGCUCCCAUCCCAGCGUUUGCACAACCCCGCGCCCUUUCCUCUUACGGAAACCCACCUGGCAAAAGCAAACCAUGUUGUGCAUUCAAAUCACGUGUUUUCUCAGCUUUUUAAAGAAAAACUAAACUAGGGUUUUCUGUGCGUAGAACUCUGCCCCUUAGGGGCUUUGCUUUUCUUUUUUAACCAUCUCGUGAGCCCUCCAGGGGGGUCGUGAGGUUUGUGUGAGGCCCCUGCCGCCCCCACCACCCAUCCCCUCGCGUUCCCUGGGCUGUUGGUCUCCUGGUCUGGGUGUGGAGGACAGACGGCCCUUUUUCUGAGGCUCCGCCCCAGGUCCACCUCCUGAGACUGCUCGGCUGUGUGGGGCCGCGUGGGGCCGGAGCCAAGUCCCUGCCCUUUGCAGAAGGUCCAGGCAGAGCCGCGGUGCCAAGCAUCCUGCCGUGAGAAGCCAGUGCUGUCGGGUUACCGCAGGUCUGAGCGCGUGGCCGCCCUGAGGGCGUCCCCCUCACCGCUGCCCCGUCCGCACACCCAGGAAGAGGGUGUCUGCUGCUCUCCUCAGCAGGAGCCGCCGUGACGGGCCUCUCUCCCCACCCCACCUUCCCACUCCCCAAUAAAGUCUGGCCCCUCAUC